AUGCAGCUACGUCGGAGGAAUCAGAUUAAACCGGAUAAGCAACGGGCGCCAUUUACAGGUAUUUUUGACCAAGUUGUUAGGAGCUGUAAACAGGCGGGCUGGCUAUGUGCGGCCGAGCGAACAGUUUCAACCACCCCAUAUCACAAUCAGGUGGAAGUAUUGGCCUACUCAUGCGCAGAGUGUUCCGAUGGCAACCUAUCCGAAUUUGUUACACUGUAUUGCGGCACAAUAAGUACAGCAUCUCCAUCAAUGGGUACUAUGCAGCUCACUCAUGCGGAGCGCUCGUCCGAUGCGCCAUGCUGGACUAAGCAGAAAUCGGACAUCCGCAAGGGGCCGGAUCGACAGUGGCUCCCCCGUCGACUUACCGGUAGACAUCAGGGGAAGCAUCCCGUCGAUACGCUUCCUACUCGUCCGGAGAAAGGAUGCUGGACAGUCUCGGCUAGGCCUGUAAAUUAUGAGCCACCCCCAGAUGUGCGUACAGAAUUCGAGUCAUGCGAGGUCAGAGAUGGGGGCGGAUUUACGACGACUGACAUGGGGAGAUAUUCGGCCAAGCUUCCUGGGGGCUGUGAUGUCGUUCCUUGGAAUGCGGGGCUCGCUGUCACCUGUCAAUGCAACACCAACAGCAGAGCCUCAUCGCGUGUUCCAGACCACGAAAUACGCAAACACAUGGUAACCGCCCAAGCCAUGGCGCACAACACCGCGUCUCGCGGAACAAUUAGCCCCGCAAGUCCAAAUGGGUCGGUCCGAACAGGUUCUACCAUCAAGCGACGGGCGGCUACCGGUACCAUAGGUCUCGGCCCAUGA